CCGACGGAAGAGGCGAAAAAAGCAAGCCCCGUUCCCUGUUUGCCGAACGGUGAAAGUAUCGACCGACCACUUUCUUUCUUCAGCCUGGGAAAAACAACUUUCUCUCUCGCUCCUUGUGCUACCUCCUCUCCGCGAGAAAUUAAUAUGUGUCUUAACGAUAAUUAGAUUUUAUUCCCCAUCGCACACACUCCAUUCAACUGGGUCAUGCUCACUUUUGCCAAUUUCGAAAAAUGCAUUCCAGGAGAAUGUUAAGUUCAUUUUGUGCGCGUAAAUGUAAGAGUGUUCCACUUUGAUUUGAUUCCCUUCUCUGGUAAUAAGUAACCCAAACAAAAUUUCGUAAUGGAUGGGCACGAUAUGGAGGUGGGGUUUCAUGAUCACACUCGCACAACCAAUUCUCAAGUUGUGGCCAAGUAUGGUGCUUCUCCGAAUAACAGUGGUCAAAAUCAUAAUCGGACCGCUGCAGGCGGUGGGAAAGUAACGAACAACGAGAAAAAAUUGACGGUGCUGGUCAUUUUAAUGUCCAUUUUGUGCUUUGGGCUGGUCGCGUACGUUUUGGUGACGGGGCCUUUGGCUGGAUUGUUACAAAAGGACUCUGGAGGAUACGUUGGGAUUUGUGAUUCCACAGAAUGCGUCGAAAUUUCUCAUCGAGCCAUUGAAAGUGGUGAUUUCGACAAAGAUCCUUGUGAUGAUUUUUAUUCGUUUGCCUGCUCAAAAUGGCAGAACAACAAUCCUACUUCUCAAGAAUUGUUCCUUUCUGCUGCCAAUAUUCAUCAGAUCAAGGAUGGGGUGGAUUUUUAUAUUAAAAGGUUGUUAGAAAAGCCAGAAGAAAUGAGAGUUAAUGCAACCACGGGAUUGCACGUAUAUUCGUCGCCCAAAGCCUUUUAUGAGAGUUGUUUGCAUUUUUCUCCUCCAGCAGAAUCACGCAUUAUAAGUGACCUCAUUAAACCUUUUGGAGGAUAUAAAACCUUAGCCAAUUGGUCAGAAAAAGACUUUGAUUUAACUUCAACGGUGCUUGCGUUUCUUCGCAUGAAUGCAGCUCCACUGUUUGAUCUCACACUUGAUAUAAACCCUAAGGACAAAUCAAAAUAUGCAUUGAUUGUUGAGCUUCCUAGACCCACGAGUCUUGUGCCAAAUUUGUUUCAGCCACAAAGUCGACAAGAGGACAUUCUUAUGAGUGAUAAGCUGAAUAGUGAACUUACAGAAGCUUCCAAUAAUAAUAACGCGUUUCCGUUCAAUGGUAGUGGUGUCGAAGUGUUAAAUGGUGAGGACAAUGGUAAUGAUCUCUACCCGACUACCAUGGAUCGGCAAAUCUUAUACAAAAUGAUUACGGAGAAUGUCGAAAUAAAGAGAGUUGAACGAUUGCAAAUUUUGACAGAACAAAUUGGAAAUAUGAUAAAUAUGCCAAAUGAAGAAAUUCAGGACGAUAUAAAAAGCAUGUCUGUUCUUGCUGCGACAAUUGAGAAGAUUAAACCAAGCCACCGAAGUCGGAAAUUUUGGAAACAGCAAAAUAAAGUUUACAAUGCGUUCUCCCUGGAAAGUCUUCAAAGACUUUUUAACAAUGUGGAUUGGAAGCAAUUAUUGGAAAGACUGCUGAAUCAAAAGAAGGACGGAAUCAGAAAAAAAGUAGACAUUGAAAAUUUUUCUUGGGAAAAUAUUACACUGUAUGUGCCAUAUCCAGACUACUUGCGUCGACUUUCUCAAGCAAUUCAAUUCACAGAUAAAAGAACGUUAUUAAAUGGAAUGCUUGUAAUGUACGUAAAAGACAUGUUAAAUGACAUCAACCCUAAAAAGAAGGACACAGAAAUUGGGAAUCCUCGUUGGAAAUUUUGUGUUCAUUCUACAAUAUCUGUUUUUGCAAUGGAGAUUUCGAGCUUAUACAUGCGUUCUUUUGACCCUGCUCUGCUCUCGGGAAUGAAGGACGAUGUGGAGAACAUUUUUGAGGGAGUGAGAGAGACAUUAUUGGAAUUUUUAAAUCAAUCUCAUUGGCAAGACACACGGAGCAGAGAAGAAUCAAUUAAGAAAAUAAAAUCUAUAAAGGGAAGCUUUAUUGGUCCAGAUUUUUACUUAAAGUCUGAUUAUUUGGAAGACGGGAUAAAGAAUGAGAUCAAGGUCCAGAUCGAUCCGAAAAAUUUUAUUGCAAACAUUCAACUAGUUUAUAAAGUUUUUCGGAAGCAACUGUAUGCAUUGUACUUUAAAAGAGUUGAUGUCGAGCGUGCAACUUGGUCUUUCGUGACUUUCCCCACAACCGUCAACGCAUUCUACAUUCAACAAUUUAACAGCUUGGUUGUGCCUCUUGCCUUCCUAAAUCCUCCAAAUUACUCGUAUGGUGCUCCAAAAUAUGUUAAUUAUGCAACAAUCGCUCUCACUAUAGCCCAUGAAGCGUUGCAUUCUUUGGACAGCUCUGGGAGCGAUUUUGAUGCAGAUGGAAAGUUGAAUCAUAAUGGCAUACACACUGAGCAGCGUGGAUUUCUAAAAGAGAAAAGUUCGUGUGUGGCAAAACAAUAUUUCGACAUGUUUAGGAAAAUUAUUCCUUUUCAUCAUUCAAAAGUCAACAUGUAUUUUCAGGUGGACGGGAAUCUGACACAAAAUGAGAACUUGGCAGACAUUGCAGGACUGCAAGUGGCUUUUUCAGCGUAUCAAAAACACUUUGCAAAGUCUGGUGGGGAAUGGAUGGAGAAAAUGAAGUUGCCUGGAUUGCGCUUUUCCCGUGACCAAAUGUACUAUCUGUCAGUAGCUCAGGCUUAUUGUGCCAAUAUUUCUCCAAUGGGAUACAUUUUCUUGUUGGAGAUGGACGAACACACUCCACAUCCUGAGCGAAUUAAUGGGAUGCUAAUGAACAUCCCUGAAUUUUCCAACGUCUUCCGUUGUGGGGCCGGAAGUAGGAUGAACCCUGAUUUCAAGUGUUCCAUGUGGUAGAUCCAGAUACAUAUUAUUGGAUUAUUAAUUGGACUGGAUAUAUAUAUUCCAGCCAGUUGCAUAUGUACGUACAUAAGUAUGUAACGAGUAGAAAAUUCCCGGUUCAAGAAUGACUUGCAGCAAUAUUUAAUAGGUGAGAUAAAUUGAAAACACCCCUGAUCUCAUGCCACAAACAAAAAUUGUUGUGCUAAUCAACCACUCAAUACAAAUAUAGAAACGCAUACAUAUCAUUUUAUGGCAAUAAAGUAAAAUCCACUGAAUAAUAUGUAAAAGUAAUAUUAUGUGAAUAAAAAUAAUACUCAAGUACGUAUGUGAUUCUA